AUGGUGUGGUCAUUGCCUGAGCUCCCUCCUCCUCUCUCAUUCAUCUGCAUCGUUGGCAUCCUCAUCGUCUACGUGAUGUGCAGCUACCUGAUCAUCGACUUCAUAAGCCAAGACGAAGAGAGCCAAGACGAGUACUACUCAAACGCAGCCAACUACAGCUCGUCCUAUUUCCACAUAUCAGUUGAAGAGCUGCAAGAGAUAACUUGCCUCUGCCACAACCACAACAAGGGAGGUGGUUCGAUCUGCGCCAUCUGCUUGGAGAAUCUACGCUACCCGCAAUUCUGCAGAGUGCUUCCUGCUUGCCAACAUCAGUUCCAUGCUCACUGCAUUGAUCCUUGGCUAUCUAAGAGCUUCACUUGCCCCACUUGUCGAGCACCUUUUAGACCAAACCCGUCCUUCAAUUGA